AUGAGCUCUCCAUCACAAGCCGGGCCUUCUUCGCCCAGAGAAGAGAAGAAGGAGAAGGGUUUCAGCAAGCUUCUUAAUCGCACCAAGACCUUCCUCAAGAGGGAGAGUUCUUCAAUGUCGUCUAAGCGCCAGUCGACUCUCGGUACCUCUCAGCCAGCUGCCCCAGCUAAGGUGGGAGAGACUCCCAAGACUAGCCAAGCUCCUGCGGCUGAGGUCAAGAAAAUCGACGCCAAGGCCAAAUAUGAAGGCUUGGAAGGCGUUUCCAAGUUGACAAGGAGUCAACUGAUUGAGGAGCGUGCUAAGAAACUCAGCGAGCGUUAUGGACUUGAUAUCAACGUUUCCGAACUCCAGACUGGAUCUCCCGAUGACACCGUUCUCCGCAUUGACAAGCCGAUCCGUAUGCGCGUACGACGAACCUGUCACAAGUGCGACACGACCUUUUCUUCCGCCAAGGAGUGCCCUAGCUGCCAGCAUGCCCGUUGCACCAAGUGCACCCGCUACCCUCCCAAGCGAAGUGAGGCCGAAAUCAUUGCCAGCCGUGAACGACGUGCCGCCAUCAUCAAGGCCAACAAGGAGAACGCUCCCAUUAUUCCCGACUACUCUUACGCUUUUGAUGAGAAGAAGAUCGUUCUUACCCGACCCAGCAAGACCGGUGGCCAGGACCUGGUUCACAAGAAGCCUCGUCAGCGUGUGCGAAGAACCUGCCACGAAUGCUCGACCCUCUUCAUCUCCGGUAACAAGACAUGUGCCAAGUGCGGCCACGUUCGCUGCACCGACUGCCCUCGAGACCCGCCCAAGAAGGACAAGUACCCAUACGGUUAUCCCGGAGAUGAAUUCGGUCCCAAUAGUAUUCCACACUACCAAUGCAAGGAAUGCAAGACAAUAUUCCCAACUGGUGCCGAAAAUGGAAUACCGUGCACAAAGUGCGGCUCGGAGAAAACAGACGAAUCGCCUCGUGUUAAACCUCGCAAAGUCGAACCUGAACCAGACCCAGAGGUUUUGAAGAGUUUACAGGCACGACUGGAGAGUUUAAAAGUGACAUAG